AUGGGGUCGAAAUCGAAGACUCUCUCUCAUCGCCGACAGCGCCAGCGACGCUCUCGCUCUCGCUCUCUCUCUCUCUCUCUCACACACACGCUCUCUCUCUCUCUCUCUCUCUCUCUCUCUCUCUCUCUCUCUCUCUCUCUCUCUCUCUCUCUCUUGAUCAACCCGUGCCUCACGUCCCCGGGCUGCGGAUGCUUCUUUGCUUUGAGUAAACACUGGUGGGGAAAGCCGCGUGGCUUGACCAUACGCGAAAAGGCCUCCAACAUAAGGACAAACAUGGCGGCAGGCCCGGAAAAGGUGCUGGCCGCCCUGGAUGCCGUCAACUGUGAUCGGCUCAUGCAGCAGGCUCAGGAUCUCAGCAAUCUCAUCAACAAUAACAACAACACAGAACUGGCUGCCGCCUGCCUGGCCCUUCAAAAACAAGCCCGGUCCGUGCUCAAAAACACUGCCAAGGUCUCCCAGCUCAUCGACGAGAAAGAACGCGAUGACCUCACUCGCGCCGUUGUCGCCCAAAUGGCUGAGGAUGGCCUGGCUCACCUCGUCCAGGAGGUUGGCCUGAGUCGCUGCAUGAACGCCAUCGUCUUCAACAUGCCAGCUGAUGAACCCGACACGACCCUGUGCGAACCAGCCUCUGCCAUGCGUAUGCCUGCACAGUACUUCCCUUUCGCGCUGACUCGUCUCCGCUCCGAUCCCAUAUGCUACAGGGAUAGUCUUCAACAACGUCUCACCGGCCUCAGCCGCAAACAUGCCGGGCUGCCUGCCCAAAGCCAUUUGCGUGCCGCAUGUAGCACGGGUGCGAGCCUGUUGCCCCGCGUAUCCAAGUGGCAAACGCUCAUGGCCGCCAGCAAUCAAGAUACCGGCGCCUGGUCUGAUCUCCCAGAGAUGCCCAUUGGUCUCGACGUGGGUCAGGAUGUCUCGGCCCACUCAGUAUUUGUGUGUCCAGUUGCCAAAGUCAGUUCUUCAGAGGAGAACCCGCCUAUGCGCUUGUCCUGCGGUCAUGUCCUCUGUCAAGACUCCAUCAAGAGCAUGUGUCGUAUUCGUGCAAUGAUCAAGUGUCCCUACUGCCCGGAGCGCUGCACUUUUCUCGACUGUCAAGCCGUCUCAUUUGAGUAG